AUGUUUCGCAAGAAGAAAAAGAAGAGGCCUGAGAUAUCAGCGCCAAAGAACUUUGAACAUCGUGUCCACACCUCCUUCGACGCCAAGCACGGCUGCUUCGUGGGCCUGCCGACACAAUGGCAAAGCCUGAUAGAGAACCUGCGCAGGCCAAAGCCAAUGGUGGACCCUUCCAGGAUCACCGAAGUGGAGCUGAGGCCAAAGAAGACCAUUGUGCGUGGGAGCAUGAUCGGUCACGGAGACUACAUCACAGCCAUGAUCAAUGACAUGAGCCGUCUGUCUGUGACCAGCUCCAACUCUUUGAGGAAGAGCAGCCCCUCAGCCAGGAAGAGGGCGCAGUCUUUGGGAAGGCUGGGGGAGGUGAAUGAGGGAGACCCUUACCAGUACGAAGGCCUGACGCAGGACGACGAGGACGAGGACGAUGCGGGUCAAGACGACUGGAGGGACAGAACCCGGAACAUCCACAGCGAGACCAACACGCCCUACUUGGGCAUGAAGAAGAGCAUCACUCUGCAGCCCAAUGGGAUCCUGCCAAAAGCCAAGUCCACCUAUGAAGUCGGCAUCACCUCCCCGGAGGGACCAUCGCAACCGCCCCAGUCCCAGAACAUCCCGAUGCUAAGUCACGGGGCUUAUAUGAGUGGUGAGGUGGGCAGCCCUCAGGAGAGAGUGAUAUGGAAGCGAGAUUUCCAGCUGCCCAGGGGAAUGCCUCCAAGUCAGAGACCUAUAGCUUGCUUUUACAGCCCAGCAAUGACUAUACAGCAGCCUCAUGGAGAUCAGAUGACAGUCACCGCGGAACUCCGGCCCAACCCUCCGAUGUACAUGCACCCACAGAAUAGCCCCGGGCGGCCAUUCUCCUCCUAUGACCUGAAAGCGGAGUCGGCAGUGAGGUACCACUCCGGCUUCCUGCCCACUGGCAACAGCAGUCCUCUUGUGGGCGGCAUCAGACCCCAGCGCACUGUUCGCUCGUCAGCUAGCUACACGCUGGGCCUGUCUCCCAACAUGGGACUGAGGCCAAACGGGCCCGACCCCUUCCUCAGACACUCCGGAUGCCCGAAUCCUCCCUACCCUCGCCAGGACAGCCCUUCCCAACCUCGACCCUCCCCUACAGGCUCGCUCGCCACCAGCCCUCCAGGCACCUGCUCCCCUGCCUUCAGACCCCCACAGCAUCCUUCGCCCAGACCACCGCCAGACCCACCCAAAGUCACUCACGAACAGUUCAAGGCGGCGCUGCAGAUGGUGGUGGACAAAGGCGAUCCGCGGUCUUACCUGGAGAACUUUGUAAAGAUUGGGGAGGGCUCGACGGGGGUGGUGUGUAUCGCUACGGAGAAGCACAGUGGCAGGCAGGUGGCGGUGAAGAUGAUGGACCUGCGGCGGCAGCAGAGGAGAGAGUUGCUCUUUAAUGAGGUGGUCAUCAUGAGGGACUAUCAGCACAGGAACGUGGUGGAGAUGUUCAAGUCAGCCCUGGUGGAGGAGGAGCUGUGGGUCAUCAUGGAGUACUUGCAGGGUGGAGCGCUGACCAACAUCGUGUCCGAAACCAGGCUGAGUGAGGAGCAGAUUGCCACAGUGUGUGAAGCUGUUCUGCAAGCCCUGGCCUAUCUUCAUUCACAGGGAGUCAUCCACAGGGACAUCAAGAGCGACUCUAUACUGCUCACUUUAGACGGACGGGUCAAGCUUUCAGACUUUGGCUUCUGUGCUCAGAUCAGCAAAGACAUCCCUAAGAGGAAGUCACUCGUGGGGACACCCUAUUGGAUGGCACCUGAGGUCAUCUCCAAAUCACCAUAUGGCACUGAGGUGGAUGUCUGGUCGAUGGGAAUCAUGGUGGUGGAGAUGGUGGAUGGAGAGCCCCCUUACUUCAGUGAAACCCCUGUAGCAGCGAUGAAGAGACUGAGGGAUGAGCCAGCACCAAGUGUACGAAAUGUCAGCCAGGUCUCCCCAGUCCUAAAAGACUUCCUGGACCGUAUGCUGACUCGGGACCCCCUAGAGCGGUCCAGCGCCACCGACCUGCUGGAGCACCCCUUCCUGCUGCAGAGCGGCUCACCUCAGUGCCUGGUCCCACUGGUGGAGCAGUACCGCAAGCGCAUGUCCCGUUGCUGACCACGGGGUGCACCCGCUCCCCAACACCCACCUUCAGUCUGACCUGUCCAGGCCUCGGACGAUGACAAGCACCGGGGUCCGACUCCUCUAGUAGCACCCAAAGCCUGCGGGCGAUCAGCUGCAGAGAAGCAGACCCAGAAAGACAGCGUGUUGCUGCCGGAGUGAUGGUUGCAGGACGGCAAGUCUGGCUUGACGGACACCGCAUGGUCUCGGGCAUGAGAGAAGCACUUUAGGAGUGAGUUAAAGGCAGCAUGCAGUUCUUCACCUCUCAACUCGGCUCAGUCCGAUUACAGAUUGGCCUCCUGUGACAUUCAGUGGGAUUCAACACAACACUACAUGGUGCAUAUCAGCUGAUAGCAAAAAUCUAUAUUCCAUGUAACUAUAUGUAAUGAACACGCGCUACUCUAAAGAUUCUUUAUAGUGUUCAUAGUGGGCAUUAUUACCAGCCGUGUAAAGCUUAUAGAGCUGGUGUUAGGCUCGGACUACAGUAGCUCAUUGUGACAUUAUUAAAGAAGGUACCUCUGCACACUCACACUCCCUGUUUUGGACACUGGACAACAACCCGGUCAGUACACUCCACAAACACUGACAGUAGACUCUUUGCAUGGCCAAACGGAGGCACACCUGGCCUGAUGUGAAUGCUUGAAUAUGUACCAAACUGGGAUGUGAAAGACAAUUCUCCUUUAUUAGCAUAAUAAAUGGGUGGAUGAAAGCCCAGCUGCUACACUUGGGCUAUUGGAAAAUCACCAGUACCAUGUUCCUCUUUUUCAUAUUUAUUCUUUCUUUCCAAAAGGUGUUGUGGGUCGUUUGUAUGAUGUGAAGUCGCAAAUAAGGUUUUAUUAUUAAGUACGGACUUGAAACAUAAGCAGAUAAAUUAAUAAUGUAAAUAAAAGAUACUGAAUAUUAGGUCCACAUUCCUGCUGAUUACCUGCAGUAAAUUAUAUGAGAUGAAUUAAAAAUUUUACUUUUCUUUACUGAAAAUGUGAGUGUAUAGUUGUAUGUACGUGUGCAUGUGUGUGUGUGCGUGUGUGUGUUUGCGUGUGUGUGUGUGUUUGCGUGUGUGUGUUCGAGCACAUGGGCACAUGGAUGUGUGUGAGGCGACAUCUCGGCCCUCUUUGUAUUGUGACAGACUUUUUAAGAACCACAAGUCGUGCGUGUCGCUCCUCAUCAAGGUGUGUAUGACUGUAUUUGCAUUUGUUUGCCUAGAUAAAGCACACAGGCCUGGCAUGUGAUGCUGCAGGAUGUCUACCUGCUGAGAAACACUUUGCACAUAGUCUUUGUAUUCGGACACGGGCUGACACAUGUUGACAUGUUUCAUGUAUUUCUAUCUCUGUGUGGAUCAUUCAUGAAAAGAGGAUUACACAUUUUAAUUUUGUAUAAAUCAAUAAACGAUGCAUAUUGAAUCAGA